AAAUCCUUUUCCCUUAAUUUCUCAUCAGAAGUGAGUUGGUGGUUGGAGCUGGCAAGAUGGUAGCAUCCAAAAGGUUAUACUCUAGGGCCGUUUUCACAGGUUACAGGAGAGGUCUCCGCAACCAGAAGGAGAACCAGGCUCUCCUCAAGCUAGAGGGAGUAGAGUCCAGGAGGGAAGCCACAUGGUACCUCGGCAAGAAAGUUGCCUACGUCUACAAGUGCAAGAACAAGACGAAGUGCCCCGGCAAGGACAAGCCAACCAACACCCGUGUGAUCUGGGGUAAGAUCAUCAAGACUCACGGUAAGAGUGGAGGAUGCAGAGCCAAGUUCAAGAGCAACCUCCCUGGACAGGCUAUGGGCAAGAGGAUUAGGGUGAUGCUGUACCCUUCCCAGAUCUAAGUCAACCAUCGUCAGUGUAUAGUAUCUGCAUCAACAUGUAAUAAAAAUCUUAUGUGCUGGUGAAAUA